UGUCAGGCUGGACCAGUCCAGAAAAGGAAACAAGUGAGGUAAGUGUCAGCCUCUUAGAUACAGAGUACAUGGGAACAAUAUUCAGCAACACACUGAGGCGGUUUAGGAACUGAAACCUGAAUGCAAGAGUUUUGUGGUUUAAUUUAAAUACUACAGUGAAAGCCAGGGGAGAUAAAGCAGAGUCACAAAUGGGUGGCAGAUUGGUUCGCUGCACAGAAUGUCUGGAAUCUAAGAACAAUGUCAGAAUUAGGGAGUGGAAGUGUAUUGAGGAGUGACAGGACUUGAAGGGGAGGAGACACGUGAACAAUCACAGCAGCUGAGAGCUCACUAGUGAUACUGAGAGACAAACUGGCCAGCAGAGCUGAAGUACAAUGUGAAAACGGAGUGACGUGGAACUGUCAAGACUGACAGCAACAUCAAGAUAACCAGUUUAUUCCUGGCAGCUCUUCUCGGCAUGGAAAUGUAGCGACUUUUUGCCUGAAGGAUGAAUGAAACUAUCCCUUGAGUUGGCCAAGGAUGGUCUACUGAACUUUGAAAAGUAAUUCUCAGUCCCAGAGACAAACAACGCUGUGGUCAUGUCAGACUCUCAGGAACAGAGUCUGGAUGAAAAUGCAGUUUUCCUGCCAGUAGAUGAGUCCUCCCCAGAGUUCCUUCACUGUGAGAGGGAGCGUGAAGCCGUGGAGAGACUCCUGAGUGCAGGACCGGAGGCCUUCUACAGCUCCAUCGGUACUGAGUGCUCCGGCUGCUUCCUAUCUUCUGAAGAGGUCAGCCAGAUAACCAGCUGGGCUCAGAACUAUGAUUUCAACCACCUACAACAGGAAAAUGCAGUGGAAAGCAGCACAGACGUGGAAGACUUCAGUUCCACCUACUUCCCUUGCCACUCAGACAUGCCGACACCAAACCUGGAGCUGGGCUGGCCUGAGAAGAACAACUGGGUGCCACAAGGAAGCGUUACGGUCCACACCAGUCCUCCUGCUGAAGGACAACCUCCGGUCCGAGAGGUCAUCAGACGGCACUUACAAAAGGCCAGCCAAGUAAUUGCCAUUGUGACAGACAGAUUGACAGACGGUGCAAUAAUUGGGGAUUUAUAUAAUGUAGCCUCCCGAGGUGUCCCUGUCUACAUCAUCCUGAACCAAAGGUCCAUUCAGGAGAAUUUCACACUCAACAGGCUUAGGCAUCCGAACAUGCGGGUCCGAGUUCUUGGAGGGACAAGCUUUUGUUCGAGAACAGGAAGGAUGGUGUUUGGGGAAAUGAAAAACAAGUUCCUUCUGGUGGAUUUAGAGACCGUGAUUCAUGGCAGCUACAGCCUCACGUGGACGGACGCCCACCUGCACCGGCAGCUCAUCACUGUUCUGAGUGGACCAGUUGUUGACGCCUUUGACAGGGAGUUCAGGAUCCUUUUUGCUGCUUCGCUCCCGGUCCCCAACACAUGGAGGGUCACGGGCACCAAUGCACAUGUGAAUCACCAGCUUAAAGACUUCCCACCUCUUCGGUUCCAAAAGCAGGUCUCUCUGGAGCCCGACAUUUUCAGCCCUCCAUCCCCUCCUGCUGAUUUCCUCAUGGACUGGGAAGCGAUGGGUGUUGUUCAGAGAGACGGCAGCCUUCUGGGCAAUUCUCUUGGCCAGCAUGAGGAAACUGUGGACAAGGAAAUGCCACGAAAGAACAACAUGCUAUUUGAUAAAAGCACACCUAAUGCGGACAGACUCGCUAACAAUGUGAACCAAUUUGUGGAUAAGAGAAGGUUUUGUGAAAACACCUCUCCAGUGACAGCCAGACCUCCAGAUGAUUCAGCAGUUUUCAAGAUGGAGCAUAAAAUGGAGAAAGCUAUUUCCAGGCAACUCUCCAUGGAGAAGAAAACUAAUUUACACGACAGAAAUGCAACGAGACUCGACAAUGAAGCAAAAGAACCAACACAUGUACUUCCACCUGCUAAGAAAGGAGAGCGCUGGAGGAGGAGGAGGGAGUCUAUUUUGGAAGAGGAGAGCAUAACAGAGGAAGUUGUUUCCAAAAUGGAGAACAAACCAUCUUCUAGAAAACCUAUAAUCUUGAGGAUGCCACAGUCUGAAAGCUUCAGCUCUCUAAGUGACAUCAUGAAGAGGAUUAAACAGGAAACUUCAGGAGGAUCAAAUUCUACUUUGUCUGAGCGAACCCAGUCCAUGAUGGAUCUGAGCAUUCACGACAUGGACCAAAAUGAAGACAAGAGAGGAGUCCCAGUGCCGAGGUUUAAGGCCAGUUAUGAACCGGAUUACAUGACACCUGCUUUAGCCCUGAUGAGGAAGAGGAACGAUGAACUAAAAUCUACAUUGUACAGAACUCCAAAGUCCUUCCUGCCCAGAGAGAGGCCUCGCAGCACCAGUUAUACUCUCCACAUGGACUGGAGGAAGCCACUGGCAAAGAAAGAGGGAGAGCAGGAAUGAGGAGCGAUGAAGGAAAAUACAUGAACAAUAUGUCGUGAUCUUGUGUCACUGAAGAAAGGCAGCUGCAAGCAGCGGAUACUUUGGAUAUCUGCAGUGUUAACUACCUAAGCUAUAAGCCAAAAACAGACAGCGAAUGUUCAAAUAAAGCUACUGUUACUAUGCAGAUUAUAUAUAAAUUUAAUCUGUUGAUUUGCCGCCUCACUAAAUCUGAUUAAGAUUAAACGUUCCACAUGUACAGUAUGUUUUACACAAAUGAAGUACUUCUGUUAAUGCUGCUCACCGUCAAUAAUGAAAAUUGUUUUAUUUGCUGGACUGCUGCUGCAAAAUACGAAGCCAAGUAAUUACAAAUUCAGAAAAAGAGAUUGUUGACAGACAGUUUGCUUGAGAUUUGUAGCAGUAACAGUGCUUAUUUUACUAAACCUUUCGCAAGUC